AUGACAUUAACAUUUAAAUGUUCUCAAAAUAAUUUUAUGAUCAAAAAUUUAAAUAUUGUUUCAUUUGGAGAUUGUUUUGGUUCUAUUAUCGCAUGUAUGGCUUUUGCACUAUUGAUUGAAUUAAAUCGAGGUAUUGAUCUUUAUCUUCGACAUUAUUCAGUAACUAGAAGUAAUGUUAAUUCACAUCAAGCAAAUACUUUAUCGGAAAAAACAAUCCGAAGACGACGAUUUAUACUCCAUUUAUUACGUACUCUUGUGCAUUUGGCUCAAACUGGUUUGAGUUACCUUUUAAUGUUAAUCGUCAUGAACAAUUUUGCUGGUUUUUUUCUUUCUGCUAUAAUUGCUCUAGGAAUCGGUUAUUAUCUUUUAAAUGGUGUUCAUCCAUAUACACACAGUGCUAAUCAUCUUCAUGCAUCGAAUACAAAUAGUGAUCUUACAAUUCCAACAGAUGUUUUAAAUGAAGAUGAUGAAACAUCAGUCGCAACGCAAACAACUGACUCAAAUCAAAGAAUGACGUCGAUAAACACUUGA